GAGACAUGUUAUUAGCCGAUGAGGAUAACAAAAGUAAAAUAUCAGGCCCCACUUUGGGAUGGAGACGUGGAGUGAGUAGAGUACGUAUCUUAUCUGGUGACAGUGUGACACUGCAGCAGCUCGGGACGAACACCGAAAAACUUGUGGAGCAAAUGGCGAAGAAAGGGGAAGUGGUCUGCGUCACCGGCGGUAGCGGAGGCAUCGGUUCCUGGCUGGUUCGCCUCCUCCUAGAGCGUGGCUACACCGUCCAUGCUACCGUCAAAGAUCUCAACGAUGAGAAAGAGACAAAGCAUUUAGAGGCUAUGGAAGGAGCCGAGUCGCGUCUCACUCUUUUCCAAAUCGAUCUCCUUGACUACAACUCCAUUUUGUCUGCCGUUUCCGGCACUACCGGCGUUUUCCACCUUGCUUCACCCUGCACUGUAGAUGAAGUCCAUGAUCCCGAGAAAGACCUACUGGACCCGGCCAUUAAAGGUACAAUCAAUGUACUGACGGCUGCGAAGGAGCUCGGAGUUCAGCGAGUGGUGCUGACUUCUUCCAUUUCGGCUAUUGUUCCUAGCCCUAAUUGGCCGGCUGAUGUUGUUAAGAAUGAGGAUUGUUGGACGGAUGUAGAAUACUGCAAACAGAAAGGGAGAUGGUAUCCGCUUUCAAAAACACUUGCAGAAAAGGCUGCUUGGGAGUUCGCGAAGGAAAAAGAUUUAGAUGUUGUUGUUGUGAAUCCCGGAACUGUGUUGGGUACUUAUAUAACCCCAUCACUGAAUGCAAGCAUGACAGUGCUUCUUCGUCUGCUUCAAGGUUGGACUGACCCACAAGAAGAUUUCUUCAUGGGAGCUGUCCAUUUCAAAGAUGUAGCGCUAGCACAUAUACUUGUUUACGAGACUGCUUCAGCAAAAGGAAGGCACCUUUGUGUUGAAUCAAUAUGUCAUUGGAGUGACUUUGCAGCUAAGGUUGCUGAAUUAUACCCUGAAUACAACAUACCCAGGUAAUAUAAUGCCAUGAUUUAUGUAUUGUUACUAUCUUGUUUGUCCAUUAAACCAUACUACCCAUUUCCUAAAUAAUUUGCAAACUUUUGUUUUUGGCCCAGCCUCGCAUUGGUCUACCCGUCCCAAAAUUACCCCUAUCAUUUAUGUGGUUUAUAUUAUCUCUCACCUCUAAAAAUUCAUCAACGAAAUUUCAUUUACUUGAUCUCCUUGUAAAAUUGGGGUUUAUUUAGAGACAGAGGAAGUGAUAGUUUUCAUGUUGUCCUGUUUUUGCCCUUUUUUGUUAAAAAUGAAUGAAAUAAGAUGCUACUGCGAUGUUUGGAUGAUUUUGUGAAGGUUUCCCAAGGACACUCAACCUGGUCUGUUGAGGGCCAAGGAUGGAGCAAAAAAGCUUAUGGAUUUGGGUCUACAGUUCAGUCCCAUGGACCAGAUUAUCAAGGACUCUGUUGAUAGUUUAAAGAACAAAGGAUAUCUGUCUUAGAGCAUGCAUGUAAUUAUUACCUCUGUUGUAUCAAUAUCGAAUGGACAACCCUCAUUGGGGGGGGGGGGGGUCAAGAUGUUGUUUGUGGCUCAAUAAACAUAAGUACAUAACUGAUUGUGACUCCUUAAGUACGGAAUAAUGUAUAGGCUCUUUAUUUAAGCCCACGCCUUGACAAAUGUUUUAUGGAAUUUGCUUCUUGCUGUCAAAAUAUUUUCAUCGGUUUCUACAAUUGGAGUAGACCUGGACUCGGGCCGGUUCGGGCCCGGUUCGGGCCUGGGCCCGGCCGGGCUUCGGGCCAAGAAAGUUGGGCCCGAGCCCGAACCGCCGGUGGGCGGUUCCGGUUCCGGUUCCGGGCCUAACCGGGCCGGGCUGGGCCGGGCCUAACCGGUUCUAAUUUUUUUUUUUUGGCUCUUCUAUUUAACCCCCAACCCCUCCCCCUCAACCCCAAACCACCUCAAAUGACCCAAAAUACCUAAUCCAACCCAAAACUUAAAAAAAAUAAAAAAAAAAAAAAAAUUAAAAACCGGCCCGAACCGGCCGGGCCGGUUCACCAAAAACUGGGCCCGAGCCCGGACCGCCCAGUAGUAGUACACUAGUCACUAGUGUGAGAGAAGGCAUGGAGCUGGUCUGGGUCGGUCCUGGUUCUAAAUAAUUGAAGCCCAGUGUUGACCCGGUUUGGUUCGGUACCGGUCCUAGGUCGGUCCUGGUGCACUAAUUAAUACUCCCUCCGUCCCAAUUUGAUGAUCCCAUUUCUUUUGGGCUCAAAUAUUAAGAAAGUGGUUGAAAAGGUAAAAGUUGUGGUUGCGAUUUGAGUAUAAAAAGGUGAAAUGAUGUGGAUCACAUAUUUCUUUCCAAAAAGGGAAAUGAGACUAUCAAUUUGGGACGGCCCAGAAAGGAAAUACGGGAUCAUCAAAUUGGGACGGAGGGAGUAUUUUUAAAAAACAUAUGCGUUUGGACUAGAACUGGGCAUGGGACCAGCCGGUCCGGUCUAAAAAAAUCAAGCUCGAGCAUGUCCUGUUUCUAAGUCGGUCUGGAUAUCGGGCCGGUACUGGUAUCAGAAAAUUGGUCCAAACAAUACUGUUCCCGAGUCGAUCUCGGGUCGGGUUGCCCGGACUCAAUCCAUCCCUACUCCCUAAUCCCUAUAUGAGAGUGAGACUAUGAGUAUGGUAUUCUUGAACAUGCGUGAAUAUUGUAAUCAUGUCUAAACACUCACUCAAUUGAGCAAUGCUUUCGAAAUUAACCCUAGUUUUGAGCAUUCAAUUCGGAUUUCAGCGUUGUAAUUUUUUUUGUGUAGUCACACACACCACGAUCGAUUUUUGAGGAGAGAAAACUAGAAUUAGAAUUGAGGCCGUUUAGUAACACAAAUUUUUGGCUUAUCAGGCUUAUUAGCCAACUUUUUCACCAAACACG